GAUCUCCCCAGUCCGCCAAGGAAGGUUCGUUUCGUGUUGGUUUGGCACGCAUUCAGCCCGUGUGCGAUGGAUGGAUGAUAGUUGGACGUUUGUUUAGGUGUGGCUGGAACCGCCGUAGAGCAAUCUUUCUUUUUUGGGUCAUGAUCUAAGAGUCACAGAGGGUCUCAGCUCGUCGUUUGGCGCUCAGGCUGAAAUGCUCGCCAUGAAUGAAAGAUUGUGACAGCACGAACGAUAUAUAACACGAACGCACACGCUCUUCCUGGAUUCUCACCUUCCUAAGCACCAUGCGCCUCCUUAGAUUUACUGUCUUACUUACGGCGCUUCUCCAGCAUGCUCUUGGCUGGGGUGGAUUGGGUCAUCAGACAGUCGCGUAUUUAGCAUACGAGUUCCUAGGCUCCGAUACUAGGUCAUAUCUGGAAGACCUUCUCGCCAACAAUCAAGGCUUCGACUUUGCAGACGCUGCCACAUGGCCGGACGCAAUCAGGAACAGAAGACCGUACUCAAAACCAUGGCACUACAUUGAUGGUCGAGACAGUCCCCCAAGCCAGUGUGGAAUAAAGUAUCCUGACGACUGCGGCGACAAUCCAGAGGAUGGGUGCAUAAUCACCGCCAUCGCGAACCAGACGGCUAUCUUCACCGACACCAGCCAGCCCGACAACUUGCGCAAGGAAGCACUUAUGUACCUCAUGCACUUCAUCGGCGAUAUCCACCAACCGUUGCACACCGAGGACGCGUACCGCGGUGGCAACGAGCUGGAUGUCUGCUUCGGCCGCGCAUGCUCGCGCGUCAACCUGCAUUCCGUGUGGGACACAUACAUCCCGCACAAAAUCGUCGGACUCAGGAGCUCGGCUGACAAGGCUGAGGAGAAGUCUGCCGCCAAGUCUUGGGCUGACAAGCUGUUUGGUGCUGCCGUUGGUGUCCAUCUUGUGGAUGAGUGCCAUGACUUGACAGAUUCAGAGAAGUGCUCGCUCCUCUGGGCGCGUGAGACGAACCGAUUAGUAUGUUCGUACGUCCUAAAGAAGCCGAUUGACUGGCUUGAAAGCCAUGACUUGAGCCAGGAGUACUACGAGGGUGCGAAGCCCCUUGUUGAGAAGGCUAUCACGGCGGCAGGUGUUCGUCUCGCGGGCUGGUUAGAAGCCAUGGUUCAGGCUGUCAGUGCAAGCGAAACCGGAAACAAUGACUUGGAGCUUUGAUAGAGUAUAAUUGAAUGUUCUGGUGGUCACAUGCA